AUGUCCUCACUGCACAUAUCCGCUUCCCUCAUUCAAGAUGUUAAAUCUAUUGUCCCAGUGAACGCCAUAGAAGACCAAUGUUUUGUGGCUGUUAAGCGACCGCUUCGCGAUUUUGACGAAUGCAUCCGCGCGGUGAUGACAGCGAUGGCAGAAUGUACGCCUCCAGGGAAUAGGCGAGGUUUGGAGGCCGGCCGACAGAUAAAGCGGAACGGGUCCGGCCAACAGGCUUCUCGGUCAUCUUUCUCCACUUCGCUAACCUAG